UUUCUCCCAAUCAAAUGACAAAAUGUGAAGGGAAAAAUUUAUCUCACCUACAUAACCUUUGUCCCUAAUGCACGCUACAAAUACCCGACUCCUCAAAACUCGUAACUUGUGAUGUGAGCCUCUCAAUUGAUCCAAUCCACAGCUCCUGCUUUCAAAAAGGGGUUAACGAAUUCAAACCCAGUUAGGCAAAAGUAAUUCCAUACACAAUGGAGGGAAGAGAAGAAGAUGUGAGUGUUGGCGCAAACAGGUAUGGGGAGAGGCAACCUAUUGGAACAGCUGCUCAAACCCAAGAUGUCAAGGACUACAGUGAACCACCUCCAGCUCCACUUUUUGAGCCUGGAGAGCUUUCAUCCUGGUCUUUUUACAGGGCUGGCAUUGCCGAAUUCGUUGCAACGUUCUUGUUUCUUUACAUUACGGUUUUAACUGUGAUGGGUGUGGUUAAAUCUCCUAGCAAGUGUUCCACUGUGGGAAUUCAGGGCAUUGCUUGGGCUUUCGGUGGGAUGAUAUUUGCUCUGGUCUACUGCACUGCUGGCAUUUCAGGGGGUCAUAUUAACCCAGCAGUGACAUUCGGGCUGUUUUUGGCAAGGAAACUGUCUCUAACAAGAGCAGUGUUUUACAUGAUAAUGCAAUGUCUUGGAGCAAUAUGUGGUGCUGGUGUCGUGAAGGCGUUAGAGAAGGGGCAUGAGUAUGAGAGGCUUGGUGGUGGAGCCAACACAGUUAGUUCAGGAUAUAGCAAAGGCGAUGGACUUGGUGCUGAGAUUGUUGGCACUUUCAUCCUUGUCUACACUGUUUUUUCUGCCACUGAUGCUAAGCGUAAUGCGCGAGACUCCCAUGUUCCUAUCUUGGCUCCUUUACCAAUUGGGUUUGCAGUAUUUUUGGUGCACCUGGCAACCAUUCCAAUUACAGGAACAGGGAUUAAUCCAGCUAGAAGUCUUGGCGCAGCCCUCAUCUACAACAAGGACCAGGCCUGGGAUGAUCAUUGGAUUUUCUGGGUAGGACCCUUCAUUGGAGCAGCACUUGCAGCACUAUACCACCAGAUUGUGAUCAGGGCCAUUCCUUUCCAAUCUAAAUGAUAAUAGAUUUCAUGAACUAUGAUAUUUUAUAUGGCUUAAUCCAUCAGCUGAGAUUCUAAAUAGCCCUACUGUUUGAAUUACUCUACUUUUCCCUUUUAAAGUUUAAGUAAGCAAAUGGUUAAGAAAAAAAGAUGAAUUAAUGGCUGAUGGUACUGUUAUAUUCCAUUCCCAUGAUUUGCUGUAUUAUAUAUGCAAAAUCCCAGCUAAAAGAUGUUCUUAUUACCAAGUAUAAUCUGAAUAAAUGAUUUCUAUUAUUGGAUUA